CUCGCCUUUCUUGUAAUCUUCUUGCUGCAAACCGGCCUCGAAAUGGCCUCGUCACUCUCCUUAUCCACCCCCUUCCCGUCGCUGCCUAGCCUUUACGCCCCUCCACCGUCUCAGGAUACGUCCAUGCAGGAGGCUAUCAUGCCGAACGUGAUCGUGAGCCCUCCAGAGGAGGAACAACACGAGAAUCCACCAUGGUGCUAUUUUCACGCCGACGACGCUGCACAUGAAGUUCAGUCCACGACACCAGACAUCGAUGCGCUGGAUACCGCCCUUAGCCUUCAGCAGCAACUGGACAACCGCGCACCUGCGUUCCAUCGUUGCUUGCAGAAUGUCUCGCAAGAAACCAUCGUACUGCCGAGGAAAGGCUCCCUUGCCCAACUGAAGGAGAACAGUGCACCUGCGAGAGAGCCCCGGCGGUCAUCUCGAUCAAGGGUGCUGGACGAGGAUUCGGAGAUCGUAGAGGUCUUCAAGGUGCGGAGGAAUGAGGGUAGGGAGGAUGCUGGCCAGCAAAAGGGGCAGAUGACGAAGUCGAAAACAUUCCGGGCCCGCGCGACGGAUGCGUUCAGGUCCAUCAAGAAUGUGCGCAAAGCCAGUCGGGGACCCAUACCUUCCACCAGUGGGAGUUCAUGGUCGUCGGGGGAGAAUGUUCGGCUGUCGGAGGAUAGCCACGAUCAAGGCGCUGCUUCGCGGUCGAGUGCCCCGAACCUAUCGCGACGGCGAUCCCUCGUGCUCUCACAGCUAUUCACGUUCUCUCAGAACAGCAAGUCUGCUGCAGAAAUUGACGAACAUGCGAUGCCUAUUUCCCAGCCGAAGCCCAUAACUGCACUGCCGCAUCGGCGUACCAUGCACACCGUGCCUUCGCUGGCCUCACCAUCCGAACCACAUUAUUGGGAGCCACAUCCACUACCUUCUCUCGAGGACAUGCCAAUCACCACUCCCAGUCGCGGUAUAUCGUCCCACCCAACAGUGUCAAAACGAAAGUCGUUUCGCCGUCGUCUAUCUGUCCUGGAACUACAGAAGCUCUUCACGCUCAAUCCCUCAUCAUCUUCCAGCUCUCUGCAUGAUACACAGAUGCCUGAUGUGCCAGUCGAUGCAUUCUCCCCACACGGACUUCCCGACAUCGGAUAG